AUGUCGAUGCGAUUUGAUAAAAAAUAUAUAACUGGUCAUAUUCAAUAUCCAUAUCUAAAUGUUUCUGAAACAAGUGUAACCAUCACACCAGUGAAAACCGAGGAAUGUGGAGAAUUUUCUGUACGUGUUUUAUUCGACCUGGGGUUUCUUUGGGGAACACGGUGGGGGGCCCCCCUCAGCGAGAGCGUGGGGGGGGUUCCUGGCUGGGGGGGUCCCCCGGGCCAGCAGCCAACUGGGGCUGAUUAUGUUCGUCGUCUUCGGGGCCCCCAUUGCGGGCCCCGCAGCGCUGUGGCUGCGCAGCGGGUGGUCAGCAGCCCGUGCUCAUGGCCGGGGACGCGCUUCGAUGCCUCACCAGGUCCAUGCCCGGUUUACCCUCCGGGCGCGCUGUUGCCUUUGCGGGAUCGCGAGCACGCUAUCCGGGCCGCGCCGCCCCUUCUCGCCGUGAGGGUUUCCCCGCCGGGGAGGACCCCCGCCGUCGCGGUGAUGAUGGGCUGCAGUCAGCUGGGCUCCGUCGGCAGUUACCUGGAGCCGUUCAUCGUGCGGGUCCCGGGGCCAGGAGUUACCAUUGAGGACCUCCAGAAUGACAUCAUGAGACUUCUUUACAUACACGCGGGCUUCUCGGGCGUGUUGCUGCUGGCCGUGGUUGUUUACUUUCCGUCCAAGCCCAAGAUUCCUCCAUCGGUGACUUCGUCCUGCGAGAGGCUCAACUUCAUCCCCGGCGUUCUGGCUUGCGUUAGGAAUAAAAGUCUACUCUUGAUCUUGGCCUCGUAUGCUGUGUCCGUGGCCCGGCGCUGGCCUGGGUCUCGGUCCUCAAAUACUCCCUGCUGCCGACGAGGCCAUGUGGGUGGCGUGGCGGCCGUCGUGAGCUCCAGCGUGAGCCCCGUCUUCGCCGGCCGCUUCAACGACCGCUUCCCCCGCCAGGUGAGGACGACCCUCAUCUGCCUCAUGUUGCUCGCGGCGUUCUCCUUCUACUGGUUCCUCCUCCUGUCCUAUGGCGUCCUGCCCGUCACAAAAUGGCAAGUGUACGUAUCCGUGUCUGUGGGGAUGGCUUCCGGAAUGGCGUCAAUCCCGCUGUACUACGAGCUGGGUGUGGAUCUCUCGUACCCUGUGCCCGAGAUCCUGGUGUCUGGUCUGAUCACAGCGUCGGAUAAUAUUUCCAGUUCACUCUUCCUUCUCAUUUUCUUGAUUCCCAAUGUCGGUUACGAGUGGAUAACAUACACGCUUGUGCUCUCGUGUUCGCUACCUGUCCUCCUGAUGCUGAUAGUCAAGGUCGAAAAACAACAGAUCGGAUAUUGACCGUUCAGAGUGAAACGUGUAUAGAAACGGAUUAAAAUGGUCGCUUACUUG